UGAUCAAAACGAGGCCCUGUUAUGUUAAUGUUUACAUUUGUUGCAUUACAACACUUUUGAUUUCUUGUCACGCCAAUGGAACCCUGUUUGGACUCACGUCAUAAACAGUCUCUUCUGUUUUUAUCAUUCAUUUGCUAGGAAAAGCUUUCUAGGCAUGAAUGCUUAAUCUUCACUGGAGGAUCGUGAGGGUUAUGUUUUCUUUUGACAGUUUCCCUUAAGAUGCUAUCCACGAUGAGUUCCAAAGCCAGUCUGUCGGGGUGGAGUCCCUACGUGAAGGUCUAUGAUCCCCUGAAAGCUGGGAGUAUAGACGGGACUGAUUUGGAUCCUCAUGAUCAUGCUGUUGUUCGUGCCAUGUCUGCAAAAUACAAACCGCCAGAUGAACGAACUGUCACCUCUGACCCUUCACUGACUCUUUUUGUGGGCCGUCUUAAUUUUAGAACCAGUGAAAGACAGCUUACGGAGGAAUUUUCCAAGUAUGGUCAUGUGAAAAGUUGUCGGGUGGUUCGAGACAUAGUCACAGGAAUAUCACGUGGUUAUGGAUUCGUCGAGUUCAAAAGGCAGGCAGAUGCUCAAAAUGCAUGGAGGCUGGCUCAUGCAACAGUUUUCCAAGAAAGGCAAAUUUUAGUUGAGUGGGAAUUUGCAAGGACUUUGCCUGGCUGGAUUCCUCGGCGUUUAGGAGGUGGGCUUGGUGGGAAGAAAGAAUCUGGACAAUUGAGGUUUGGUGGACGAGACCGACCAUUCAAGAGACCUUACCUCUUACCUCCAGAGCAACAGGAGGAAUCACAGGCCUUUGAAGAUGAUAACGCUUCUUCAUUCAAGCCUACUAAAAGACUCCAAAAUGAUCAGAGUGGUAGAGAAGAGACUGGGAGAUCAACAAAAUUCAAUUCAAGUAGAGAUGAAUGGCCUAAUAAAUACGGUCAAUUUAACAGAGAAGAUGAAAUGAAAUAUGGAAGGGGCAGAGAUAAUAAAUUUGCGCACCAUUCAUAUAAUGGAGAUAGGGGCCGGUACAAGUCAAGAACAGAAGAGCAGAGUUACUAUGAAGAGGACAGAAGAGAUUAUCACAGGUAUAAGGAAGAAAAGUUCGAAGAUCAAUCUUAUUAUGGUGAAAACAAUAGAAAAUCUAGAAGAUAUCCUCCUGAUGACAACUAUACUGACUGGUCUUACCAUGAAGAAGGCAGAGAAAAAUAUCAACGUCAUUAUGAGGAACAGUACUCAGAGCAAGGGUACUCUGCAGGAAGUAGUAAGAAAUACAGGCAUGACAAAUAUGUGGGAGAAAAGAGAUAUGGUAAAGAUUCUUAUUCUUUUAGUGAUAGAUAUGAUAGAAAGAGACAAGAGAAAGAGAGAAGGGAAGAUUAUGAAGAAACAAGAAAUCGUUCAAAAAGAGACUACAGCAGUUCAAGCUACCACUCAGAAACAAAAGGUGUCAAGAAGCUUGACAAACGACGCAAUGAAGAAAGAUCAAGUGACAGGAACUACCAUGACAGUUUAAGCUGGGAUGCCAACCAGUCUGAGCCUGAGGCAUCUGUGGACUAUGAUGCUGUAAAUAGAUUAGAAAAAUAUGGAUCAAAUUCAAAGAGAAGCCGCAGUUCAUCUGGCUCAUCAGACUCUCAAAUUUCUUCAUCAAAAAAGAAACCGAAGAAAAGUAAACAUAAAAAGAAGAAGCAUAACAGUGACUCAGAAGAUAGUAAUGAUUUGGAGCAAAAUAGAGACUUAAAGAAACACAAAAAAAGUAAGAAAAGUAAGAAGACCAAGAAGUCAAAAAAGAGAAGAUCCAGUGAUAGAGACUCUGAUUGACAGGAAGGGUAAAAAAGUUGGCAAACCAGAUUUGAUAUUUUUUUUUAUUUUGAGCUGAAAAAUUAAACUGCAAACAAAUAACACCUUCCAAUCAAGA